AAGAGAGGCGAAACAUUUCUAGAUUUGGUGCUGCGACUGUCACUUUGUCACCUCCAGGACAUGGCAGCCCCCAUGACCAUGGCAACCGGCCUCCUGCUCAUGGCCCUGUGCACCUGCUGCAUUGUCCUUGCAGGCCCCGUGAUCAUCCCCUCUUCCUGCUGCUUAGCCUUCAUUUCCAAGAGAAUUCCUGAGAGACGAGUGAUAAACUACCAGCUGUCCAACAGGAGUGUCUGCCCCAAGGCAGGAGUGAUCUUCACCACCAGGAAGGGCCAGAGGUUCUGUGGCAACCCCAAGUUGCUGUGGGUCCAGAGGUACAUGAAGAACUUGGAUGCCAAGCAGAAGAAAGCCUCCAGUAGGACCAGAGUGAUGGGUGCCAAAGUCGCUGUCCAGAGGCACCCUGCCAACAGCACCUUCAUCUAACCCCUGCCCGGCCGCCAGCCCUGAGUUUGGGCCUGGGUCUCACCUCCUAAAAGGCUGCCUGGGGCCUGGUGAGCCAGCGGUGAUAGGCAAAGGGCUAAUGGUCCUGUUUCCUAGCAUCAUUCUCAGGGGAUGUGUCUAGUCUAUUAAAAGAACCCAAGGCAGGGGAGGCCUGCUCCUGGGGGCUGAAUGAGGACUCCAAGCAUCCCGGGCCUCUUGCCUUUCCUGAGCUGGGAGAGAAGGUCCCAGAGGAGGGCCAUGGCGGUCCUUUGUCCUCCCCCUGAGCUGGAGCUGGCGCUUCCCUGACUUCUGGGUUCCAUCAGAGCCCAAGUGCAUGAGUCCUACCCUGCACAGACUCUGCUCUCACCUUAGCCUGCAGCCGUCUUCUAUGGGCCCUCUGGUCUUGCAGUGGGGCCUACGGGCUGUCUGUCUAUCUGUCUGGGGAUGGGUGACCUCUCAACACCCAUAGCUCUCCAUUACAGUAGGGAUGCUCCUGGCCUGUCCCACUUGCAGCCUCCCAGGUGAAUAAAAACCCAACAAAAGCAUAGGGCUCUUUGCUGCGUUCACUGCCAGAUCCUGGCCCUCCUUGCACACCUCUCGCGGGAUAUGACUAAUAAAGUUUUUUCAGGAACUCAUUGGUUUUUGUAAUGAAAUGCACCUGGAGGACCUGGAUGAGGGGCCAGCCUGGGGAGUUGAAUUCCUUUGUGAAGAUAUGGGUUUAAGGAGAUGUUUUGCUUCAUGGUACAGUGUGUUCCAUGCUACUUUGGGGACAAAGGCCCUCUCUGCCUUUAAGGCUGGUCUUUCCCCACAUUUUGGUGAGGGGAAGAUGGAGUGGGAGCUGAGGGGGGAGAGGAUCCCAGCUUUUAUUUUUUUUCUAUACUAUGUGAUGUGUAUGUCGAGUGU